GCUUAGGGGUUUCCAUUGAUCCACAGUAAUAGGUAUUACAUUUUUCAACAUCAUCAUCGUCAGCCGAGAGGAAGGUGAGCGAGGUCAACUUUUUCGCAGCGGCGAGGUAAAUCUCGUUGAAGUGGGUAACUGGGGGGAAUCCUCGCAAGGAGGAAAACAUCGACAAAAAUCUUCUUCACUUCUCGUCUUCGAGACUUUCACAAUGUAUUUGGACGGAGCCGAAGGCGUCUUUGAGUUCCUGCGGGGCAACCUACCUUUCUACGUGAUCGUUUUCGUGCCACUUUUAAUUGCCAUUUCGCCGGUCACGCCUGUGCUCGGAGCCCACGAGUUCACCGUGUACCGCAUGCAGCACUACGAUUUGCAAGGAUCGCCGCACGGCUGCAGGAGCUCAGCGGUGAACACGGAGGCAAGAACAUUACACUCGUCCUCGUACGGUCGGAAAGUGGUGAUAGCCCGGCUGGGCGACCUCACGCAUGGCCAGUUCAGCGAGGUGGUGCAGCAGGGGGCGGCGGGGCUGCUCAUCCUCCUGCCCGUCAACACGAGCACCAUUUCACCGGAGAAACAGAAGAGGCUGAUGGAGCUAGAGCACAUCUUGCAAGAGGACACGGUCCCCAUACCCAUCUACUUUGCCUACGAGACGGAAGAACUGAGCGACAUGUAUCGGAGCGUCCAGCGGACUGCGGACAGCGGCCGUUCGGGCAGUGUUGCCCAAGAACUGUGGGGGAUGCUGAAGGCAAGCGGAUUCCAGCUGGUCGUCUCUGGAAGCCAAGCCAAAGUCAUGUCGGAUGUCCAGCUCUCAAGCAUACAGGGCAAGCUGUCUGGGUUUGGAGUUGAGGAGCAGCUCCCCACAGGGGUGAUCGUGGCUCACUAUGACACUCAUGGAAUCAGCCCAGCUCUGGCGUUUGGAGCUGACUCCAACGGGAGUGGAGUGGCGGCGCUUCUGGAACUGGCUCGCCUGCUUUCCAUGCUGUACACGAGCUCCAGGACGCAUCCACAGUUCAACCUUGUGUUUCUGGUCUCGGCCGGCGGGAAGUUCAACUAUCACGGAACCAAGAAAUGGAUCGAAGACAACAUAGACAGCUCUGAGGGGAGCCUCCUGGCCGACUCCCUCUUCACCAUGUGCCUCGACUCCAUUGGUUCCGGGGACGAGCUCUACCUGCACGUCUCCAAGCCGCCCAAGGAGGGCUCUGCCGCCGCCCGACUCUUUGCCGAGCUGGAGCGUGUGGGUGCGGGCAUGGAGCCGCCGCUCAAGGUCUCCAUGAUGCACAAGAAGAUCAACCUGGCCGACGAAGUGCUGGCCUGGGAGCAUGAGCGGUUCAGCAUGCGGCGCCUACCGGCCUUCACGGUGUCGCGGCUGCCCAGCCACCGCGCCACCAGCCGGAGUUCCAUCUUCGACACCAGGGAGAAAGUGCAGACAGCCAAGUUGGCUCGGAACGUGAAGGUGAUCGCCGAGGCGCUUGCGCGCCUUCUCUACAACACCACGUUGGAUGGCUCUGAUGUGGAGGUUUUCCGGGACAGCUUGGCGUUGCAGGAGGACUACCUGGGCGCGUGGGUGGACUUCCUGGCGAGCCAGCCGAGGGGUGCCCAGCUCCUGGCCAAGGGGAAGUCGCCCCUCGUGGCCACCCUCGAGCAGGGGCUCGGCCGGCACCUCAAGGAGGUCAAGGCGUCCACCUUCCGGCCGGACAAGAGGGAUCCCGAGCUCGUGUUCUACGACACUGCGGUUGCGGUCAUGAAUGCGUACAGCGUAAAGCCAGCCGUAUUCGAUCUCUUCCUGGCGGCCCUGAUUGGGGCGUACCUCGGCACGGUCUACCUCAUCGUCGUCAACUUCCACCAUGUGCAGAGGUUGGUUGCCCUGUUUUCGCAACCCAAAGCCAAGGUCAACUGAAGGUCGACCGGAGGUCAACUCUAGGUUGAAUCGAAGGUUGUUCAUUCCUUGCCGAUUCGACGGGCGCCCAGCGGUGCCCUGGAUCCCGCCGUCUGCCAUGCAAGCGGGGGACAGAUGCCCCGGGCAUCGUGGUUUCCCUUUACGAAACUACUGGUGCCAUUAGUGCAAACGUUUUGCUUUGGGAGGCGCUACACGCGGAGUGACAAGGUGUCUCGAUCGUGAGACUCAGCUGUGCGUUCCUCAAGAAGGUUCGGUGUUGUGCUCACGCUUGAAUAGUAGUACGACAAAUGCGUCUCUUUUUCCGACCCGUGACUUUGUUUGAGAGGGUGGCCAGUGCUUCGCUUAAUUUUUUUUAGCCUCUCCGGUUGUAAAUAUUGCAGUGCGUAGUUGUUGGCUUUGUGUGUGGGGGCGAAGGUGUUUGUGUCGAUAGAUGAAGGUUGUGUCAUUGCUGAGGGACGAGAGCAAUUGCCAAGGGUUUGGGUGUGGCCAAAGUAGCCUGCACAAUAAAACAUUGUGGAUGUUGA